AUGGUUCACCUUGCAUGCAUUCCAAAUGAUAAAGGCGACAAUGAAAACCUUGCCGAAGAAGUAGAAAGACUCGCUUUUAAUGCCACUACUCAAAAUAAUGCAUCAAAUGUAUCAAUCUAUGGCUCCAUAUAUUCGACACAGCAAGUACCUAUGUACGAGAUCCCAGAUAACGAGCUGCCAAAGGAGGUUGCUUAUCGCAUGAUAAAAGAUGACUUAAGUCUUGAUGGGAAUCCAGUACUCAACCUAGCUUCUUUUGUGACAACUUACAUGGAGAAAGAAGCUGAGGAUCUGAUGAUUGAAUCCCUAUCGAAAAACUUCAUUGAUUAUGAGAUUUAUCCACAAACCGCGGAAAUACAGAACCGCUGCGUUUCAAUGAUCGGGCGUCUAUUUCAUGCUCCUAGUAGCCAAGGCUCUCAAUUGAUAGGCACCUCAUGUGUCGGUUCCUCAGAAGCCAUUAUGUUAGCAACAAUUGCGAUGAAGAAACGAUGGCAAAAUUCUCGGAAAGCUACAGGAAGCUCCUGGGACAAACCUAACCUAGUAAUGAGCUCAGCAGUUCAGGUUUGUUGGGAGAAAGCGGCAAGAUAUUUUGAAAUUGAGGAAAAAUAUGUUUUUUGCACUCCUGAUAGAUAUGUUAUCGAUCCCGUUGAGGCUGUAAGUCUCGUAGACGAAAACACAAUUGGGAUAUGCGUCCUCCUUGGUACCACUUAUACAGGGGAAUAUGAAGAUGUUAAAGCUAUCAACGACCUUUUGAUCGAGAAAAAUAUUGAUGUGGUGAUCCACGUGGAUGCUGCUUCCGGAGGGUUUGUCGCGCCAUUCGUCGUACCAGAAUUAGAAUGGGAUUUUCGGCUUGAAAAAGUAGUAUCAAUCAACACUUCUGGUCACAAGUACGAGUCACGCCUCUUUUUACUUUAA